UGACCCAACUGGGUCUGGGCAGAGAGAGUGCCAUCCCUCUCUUCACCUUCCUGGGGGUGCUAAGAGUCAAUUGCCCGGGCCCCUGACCAACUGGCCAUGGCCCUGAUCCCCCAAGGCUCCUCUACCCACAGAACCUCUUGGUACUGAGAAAGAUCCAGACCCCGGCCCCACUGCCCAACCACCCGAAUUCCCCAGUCUAAGUCUCAGAGCUGGUAGAUAGCAGCCCAGAGACAGCACUGACACCCCAUACUCUUCACCACCCCCAAAGACUCUUAAGGCACCCAGGCCAGCUGUCUGGGCAGGACUGUUCAUCCCAGAUACCAAAUCUCAAGAUCGCUAAACAGACAAACACUCCUAUCCUGAGAAGAUGGUACGGAAAAAGUCAAAGGUCACUGAGGGCCCAGAGGACCCCCUGAACACCUCCCAGAGCACGAAACCUGACAACAGCCACCUGUCUCCCUCUAAUAUGGAGACCAUCAUGGUCACUCUCCAUGGUGCUACCAACCUUCCCUCCUGCGAGGAUGGCUCUGAACCAUAUCCCUAUGUGGUAGUGGAAACCACAUCUAAAGAAGCUGACCACCGGGGCUCCAAAGCAGUCACCUCGGUGACCUCAGAGCCCACCAGAUCCCCCAUCUGGGGGGAAACAGUGAAAGUGGAGACACUCGCUGAGAAUUCAGGGCAAGAAGAUGUGAUCCUUAAGGUGAUGGACUAUAAAAAUAAAGACAAGCUGUUGUCCUACAAAAUCCCCAUUAAAUAUCUGCGUGUCUUCCACCCCUAUCAUUUUCAGCUGGCAAAUUCUACCCAGCCUUCGAAAGAAAGCAAAGAAACUGCUGAGCCCCAAUUGUACGCCACCAUCGUUCGGAAGAACAGUUUCCUCCCCCGCUACGUUGGCUGUGACCACACAGCUCUAGAGGUCUUUCUCCGGGGAGUCAACGAUCCACUGAUCAACAACCCCAACCCCAUGGUGGUGAUUGCCCGUGUGGUUCCCAACUAUAAGGAGUUUAAGGAAAAUCAGGCCAGACAGAGUCCAGCCUCUAUGGGGCUGCACAUCACUCCGCUCUCCUUCCCUAUCCAAUCGAUGAUGAGUUUUGAUGUGCCUCGGGUCAGCCAGAGUGGGUACCCUCAGCUCUCCAAGCCUGGGGGACCUCCAGAGCUACCCCAGUGGAAUCAGUCCUUCCUCUUCCAAAGCCGAGAUGGAGGCACCAAUUUCUCCAAAAACGCAGCCUUGGUGCUGGAAUACUACUCCUCUACUUCAGUGAAAGGCAGUGAACCAUGGACCUUCGGCAAGCCCCUAGGUGUCUCCGUGCUGCCGCUUAAGAGUCGUUUAUACCGCAAGAUAAUGACAGGGAAAGGCUUGAAUGCGCUGCGCAUAGAGCGGCUCCCCAUUACCGACACCUACCUGAAAACCAUAAAUGGUGACGCUCCCACAGUGGAUCUCUCCUUCCAGCUUCUUUCCUCUGAGAGACCAGAAAACUUCUUGACACCGCACAGCAGCAAGGUUCUGCCCAUCCUGGACCCCAAGAUCCUAGAUGAGAAACUGGGUACCAUCCGUGAAUCCUGGUUCGACGCCAACAUGAACUCCCCGAUGGACUCCAGCCAGUCCACCUCUCAAGAAUUUGAGGAAGAGCCUCAGGUGCCAGAGAUGUCCCGUGACACGGAGAUGAACAACUACCAGCGGGCCAUGCAGAAGAUGGCAGAGGACAUCCUGUUACUGCGCAAACAGGCCAGCAACUUAGAGUGGGAGAACCGGAGGCUGAGAAGCCACCUGACCCAGCAGGAAGUAGAAGAGGGGCAGACCAAAGAUGAAGCCUCAGACCUGGCAAUGUCCGUGAAGGAGAAGCUGCUGAUGAAGGAGCUGGACAUGAGGAAGCUGAGGGACAAGGUGCAGCAUCUGCAGAACGAGCUGAUCCGGAAAAAUGAUCGAGAGAAGGAGUUGCUCCUCCUAUGCCAGGCUCAGAAUUUCCAGGACGCGAAGCUGAGGCAGUACCAGGACAAGCUGAUAAAGAUGAAGGCGCUGGAGGAGACUGUGAGGCACCAGGAGAAGGUGAUCCAGAAGAUGGAGCAGGUACUAGAGGACAGGCUACGGGACAGAAAAGAAACCCCACCAUCCAACAAGCUGCAGAAGAAACCUAACCCUGCCUUCCCUUUGCUCUCAGGUCCUGGCCUUCCCCUGAGUUCUACAAGAGAGAACCUGCCUAUUGACGUUUACUCAGUGCUACUGGCAGAAAACUCAAGGCUACGGGAAGAGCUGGAAAAGAACCGCCACCAGACGGGCCCCAUCAUUCUACAGCAGCAGGCCCUGCCGGUGGAUCCUGGGGAGUUGGGAGCAGGUGGAGACUUGGCAGAGAGGCUGCGAGAGACAGAUGGCCCAGGCCACUCCAAGUGCACAGAGACCUUGCCCGCACAGGACUUGCAGGAGGUGAGUUCUAUUUGGGAACCCUGAUGCACGGACAUUCAGGUAAAGUGUGGGGGUUGGGGAGCCCUCCCUUCACAGAUGUUUUCCCCCUAUCAAAAGAUUCCCUGCUGAACUGUCUUCUGUGCAUUCACAGGAGCCACUUGAUUCAUUUCACAUUUGAAAAUUGAUCCAUAAUAACUUCAGAUGCCCCAAAUCAUGGAAGAAAUAGCUAUGAAAAAAAGCGCACACCCAGCCUAUGCUGAACUUCAGGAGGAGGGUCCGGCCCAGGGGCCCCGGUCUGAGGCUCUGUGUGAGGAGCUGGUUGGAACUGAAACCUGGCUGGAUUCUCCUUCAGUGCCUUGCUGCUUCCUGAGCUCACCUCACAAGCUGGGGCCUUGAUGAGUUUUUUGCUU